CAGAAGCGCGAAAGCUUCACAAUUGACCUUGACGUGUGAAUCGUAUAUAGUCCAAUUGCACCAUGACUUUCAGUAAGUUGACGCUUGCUCUUGUAGCAUAUGUUGUAAUUCUAUCAAUCAAUGUAUCAGCGGCGGACGUAGGCGACAAAAACAGGAUACUAGUCGCCUCUGAUGAGGAAUUGAGCAGCAACAACAUUCUUCUGGAUGUACCUUUUGAUGUGCUGCGGUCAGUUGAAAAUGAGAUGGAAGAGCUCGCCGCCAUGAUGAGACAGUGGAAUGAUGGAGGUUCGAACGACAAUGCUCGGACAUGUUCUCUAGAAGGGAGUGCGUGUGGUUAUCCCUUCCAAGACCCAUGUUGUGUUGGUCUGGCAUGUUUGCGCCGGGGCUUCUAUAGCGAGUGCAUACCUGAGAGCAAUCCCGGGAAUCCAGAGGGUGCCGAUACAAUCAUAUUGGCUGCGCAAGCCGAUCUCGAAGAUUCGAGUGAUGCCAUCGCUGUUGUGAAUGGAGUGCCAGGUCAAAAUAAUGAGGUAGUCUCGACAGGAAGGUUAAACUUUCACGCUAGGGCACAGAAGAGGCGAAGGAGAGAGCGGGAUGCUGGGGUACACAGCGCACCCAACGUUAAGCGUGAUAUUCGGACCAUUACCACGGAGGAAAGUCUUGAAAAUAAGAAAGUACACGUGAGCCAACAGCGUGUCGUGAUGAAGCAGGAUUAAUGCCAGGUGUUUCACAUAUCCUCAUAUAGUACUCGCGCAUGUAGCAGCCCUAUUGGCAUAUUGUACACCGCUGUGACGAUGAACUGAGAUUCUCGUAUAAGGCUAGGAGAGCUGAGUGAGAUGUGGCCAUGGAAGGAUUUAGUGGCUGGACUGAAGAUUUUAGGAGCAAGAUUUCGACGCUUGGCGGUGGAUAUCUAUAAUUUCAUGCCGCUCGGAAUUUUGCAGUGUGCAAAUAUAUUGAACAAAGUUGUGCUAACGAGAACGAAUGAACCAUACUGAUAUAUACUGGGAAUUAAAUUGAGUGGGAAUAUUACCUUUCUCUUAAACACUCGAAUACAGAUGAUUUCACAAU